AUUUGAUUACAACUUGUUGCUCCCAAAUUUAGCAUACUCAUCUUGGAGGUAGAUACUUUGUAAUUGUUUCCUUCAUAUAAGACGAUAAGCAAUUGUUUCCUUCAUACAUAUGAGAUAAGCAAUUGUUUCCUUCAUAUGUAAAAGGACGAUAAGCAAUUGUUUCCUUCAUAUAAGACGAUAAGCAAUUGUUUCCUUCAUAUAAGACGAUAAGCAAAUUUAUCCUUCAUAUGUAAUAAGACGAUAAGCAAAUUUAUCCUUCAUAUGUAAUAUCUCUACUUCUCUUCUUCCUUCUAGAAUCAAUUCUAGGUCAAAAGACAUGUCGGAAAGCGGUAAUCCGUACGAUGAGAACCCCUAUGGUGGGUCAUCCGAGGGUAAUCCCUAUGCUGGAGGUUCGCAAGAUAACCCUUAUGGGCAGGAAAAGGGCCAGGCGGCAGGAGAGGAGCAACAGAACGAAAACGCGGCUUCUGAAGCUCAACAAGAGGCAGACGGGCCCUCCGAACAACAGGCUGCAGGGUCUGAGCCUUAUGGACACGAUCCUUUUUGGUGUUUUUGUUGGCGUUAGUUUCAAGAGCGAACGACUACUUCUUCUCAGGAGCGACAGCUACCACUACUAUGGGAAAAAGUAAUUGUAGUUGUAGCUGUUAGCAAAAAUGAAUAACACCACAGAAAACAACUACUGGCACUCUAAGUACAACAAGCGGCAGCGGCUCCUCAACAGGGUCCCUCGCAGGUAGAAAGUGUGGACGCCAAUCCGUAUGCUGACGUCGGGAGCUUACAGGGAAUAGGGGAGUCAAUAAAUCCGUACGCGGACGUCGGAUCUAUACCUGAGUCACCGGCAAAUCCCUAUCAGCAACGGAACAACGUACUGAGAUUAUCGUUUUUCUGUGGGUUUAGAGGCUAACGAAGCAGGUUAGCUUGUUCAUUGAUAAAAUGCUCCUGGAGAGUCUUCUGUACUCAGUAUCACUAGAAGUUGAAAUACUGAACCCGACUCAUGGAAAAACCACCUCUACAGAACAACCUUGGCGCAGACAACGUGGAUAGAGGGGACGUCUUCACACCAGGCGUACCAAAUGCGGCCGCUGCCUUUCUUAAGGGUUCCACGGCUUGUUCAUAAUUUUUUUCGAACUCUGUAGUUCUGUUCAUUGUCACUGUGUAGAAGUGACUCAUCUUGAAGGGAUAGAAUCAGAGUCAUAGUUUUGUUUUCACUACGACUACAUCGUUCUAUAGAAGCAAGAUUAGGACGUCACUAGCAUCAUUGUUUUAUUGUGAAGACCAAGAUUCAGAUUUCAGUUUCAUCCACCGUUCUCUAGAAGAUUUCACCGACCGCUCUAUAGAAGAUUUCUAAUUUUCCCGCCGUCGGUCGCUCUGCUGCGUCAUCGUCAUCAGCAGCAAAUCCCUACGCGGACAGGGGUUCGAAUCCCCUAAGCAAUCCCUAUGCGGGCAUACAGAAUGACCUCUAUGCUGGAGGAGGCGGUAGUGAUGCUGGUGGAAUAAACCGUGCUGGUGGUGGGAGUGCUGGUGGAGGCGUCAAUGGCGUGGAGCAGGGCAGGGGUCCUCAACUUAUGGCUAUGGAGCAUUGAAAAGAUAAAAAGUAAAACCUGCGUUCUAGUUGCUCUACUUCCUAAAAGAAAUCUGGUUGCUUCAGGCCAUUUUUUUAUCCCACUUGUUAGUAGUCUUCGUUCAUAUAAUUUCCAGACUCGGGAAGAGGACUGGGACCGAAUAGUCUCGAGCAGGAACAAGCUGAUAGUUUUAGGUCUGACUCCCUGAAGCGCAGUUCAAACGAGCAGCCGCCAGGCGAGGACGGCGCUGCUGGAGAAGAUGGAGAGGGACAGAAGGUUAAGAUUUGAAUAAACGCCUUUGCGACUGAGACUUCAGAGUCAUUAUGUAUUGUGACGUUGUAGCAAGAGCUUGAAGAUUGGGACACCAUGAUGUUGAUGAUGAUGAAGAUGAUGAAUUCCAUGCCACUCAAGACAACAGCAGAAGAAGUUGUUGUGUUAAAGAUGAGAUGAACUAAUGAUGAUGAAUCCACUCCGCAGCAACUAAUGCCAAAUAUGUCGCGCCUCUAAGAGAGAAGAGGAUAGGAGUAAUGAGUCCGGUGUGGGUGGAGCAGAUGGCGCCGAAGAGGAGGUCCAGAUGACGACCGACGAAGUUUUCAGACCGGCAGAAGAGUUACGCAGUUUGUAGUAUCCCGGCUAUUUAAAAACUAUUCUUAUUCUAUUAAACACUGCCGAUACAAAAAUGUCUGCCAAAUUGGGCCCCGAAGUGUUUAAGUUGAAGCUUAUAAAACAACUGCACGCAAAAAAGCGCAUAUAAAGGAAAGACCUUGUUGAUGAAAAGAAGUCAAAGCCGGGCCCGGCUACAGCAGUUUGUAGUACAGACGAUUAAAAACUAUUCUUACACAAUCGUGUGUACUACAAACUGCUUUGUAGUAAAAACUAUUCUUAUUCUAUUAAACACUAGUUGUAGUUAGUGGGUGUUACUUGAUAUGAUAAAAUUUCGCCACCAUGGUCCAAUCGGCAGCGUCGUUAAUCUAGGGUACUACAAACGUGUGUACUACAAACUGCUAAUCGCAGUUUGUAGUACAGACGAUUAAUUAAGCAUCUUCUAAACUCCCACGGCGAUGCAGAUGCUGCAAUGGCCGCUGAUGCGGAGAACGUGCAGAAGUUUAAGCGUAUGUGGACCAACGAGAAGUAUUCGCCGGAAAUUCUCCAGUGUGACGAAGAGCUGCUGAAGGCUGUUUGCGAGGUCCUCGAUGUCCAGUCGGAAAUGAUAAAACGUACUUAGCUUUGUCUAUGUAUCCAUGUAUAAGUGUGUGUCCGCGAAGUUUGCCCAGAGAUUCAGAAGCGGAGAAACUGGAACCACCGCGGCGCCGACUACAAAGCCCCAGCCCCGGGCGCAGACGUGAGCGCGCGCACGGGAGCCGGCCCGCCGGGGCAGGUCGUCCCUCCCAUUAGGUCCCGCAAUGAAGGGAGGCGGCGCGCGUGCGUAGUCGCGGACGUUUGAAAAGGGGCAAGAAAUGCGGAAGGCGAAACGAAGGGCCGGCGCGGAGAUGCUGCGGCAAGUUGCGGAGGGGGGUGGCCGCUGAGGGGGGGCCGCGUUAGAAAAGCAAAGCCCGCGCGUGAGGCUUUACUCUGCGCCGCGACGCAGGUGACGCGGGCGCCGGCGUUGAGGUGGCGCCCUUGUAUCAGGCUCAGACAUGCAAGGCGCCGCGCGUCUGUAUGGCGGUGGGGGUGGUGUCUGGGCGCGGCAGCUCCGAGGCGCAACGCCUGCUGGCUGCCUCCGCGGCCGCGGGUGUUGCAUGGAGAGCGCCGGCGCGAGGACUCUGCCACGGGUCUAGGGUUGCAGGCGCUGUGGGAGUGGCUACCGAGCUGCGCACGAGGAUCCCAACGCGUGGACCUGGUGCCACUUACUCGCCGAGGGGGUGCGCCUUCCAUCUAUCACAACCGGCAAAACGCUGGAGCGGUCGGCCGCAGGCUUGUGCGGGCGAGCUUAGCCCGCUCCCCGGGAGUGACUUCUUGGGAGGCACAGCCAUCCAUGAAACUGGGCCGCAACCAUCUCAGCGCCCGGCCAGACUCAGUUCGGGCCGACUUGGCGUAAAAAUUGAAAGCCAGCGACCAGGGCCGCCGCGUCGGGCGAUCGCGCCGGGAGUUCGGCUGACCCCUCUCCGGGUUGCAUGUGUGGGCGCUCUUCAUGGGCAAGGGCGGCCCGGCUGCGCUGGCGUAUCUACUGGAAGGAGUUAGCGGGUGUUGAGGUAUCUGGGGACCGCCUCGGCCUCCUCUGGCAAAAAGGCGGCGGGCAGUGCGAUUUUCCCCGGCACUGCCUAGAGUGAGGGGGCCCGCGGUGGCAGAUCCAACCAUGACGCCAGCAGCCGUCGAGCUGGCGGCGCAUUGAUUCCGCCCCAGAUGCGAUAGGGAAGGCCGGGGAGGCUCGCCGAAGCUGAUGCACUUUGCGCCCUUCUCGCUUGUAUUGCUGGUAGGCAGUCCGACAGAUUUCCCGCGCUUUUCUUCAUUCUUCUUGUUUAUUUUCCACAGCCACCUGUGCAUAUCUAUGUAACCACAGAGGACUUCCAAGUCCAAGCGGAUGACGAGCUCGGGUAUAAUGCUGAGAUCGUCCCGGAUCAAGUUCAAGUACUAAAGAAGGUCCAAGAGUUACGGAGUUGGGCUUGUAUAGUUGAGCCAGAGGCUUAGGACCGGUUCUAGGAACAACUCGAUAGAUAAACGAAUUGCGCCGAGGUUAGCUAGAAGAUCAACUUGGUACUAGCAGAGGGCCUCUCUGUGCUAGGAAGAUUAUCUCGUAGGACAGUACUAGACACGUGUAUCCGUAUAGUAUCCCGAAAGUAGGGAGCUUCCCAAGGGCGCCAUACGUAGUCACCCACCUCUAAAAAUGGAGAUCAUGUUGGUGGAUACGCAACAUCUACGAUAUAUGAUCAAGGACUACAUGCGGAUGCGGCUGACAAAGAUUGAAGCGUAAUCUUAUUUGCUUGCUGAGUUGUUAUGAAGAUAGUCCUCAGUUUUCUUAUUUCUAAUGUGAUAAUCGACGACACUAGUACUUUUACUCUCUCGUUGACAAUCUAGAAGUGCGUUAUUGUUGUUAAGUACUUAUCUGUUUGUUCCCUAACGGUACUACGUAAGUUCCUUACCACCACUCCAGGUUCGCAUUAUAUUACUCUACGGACGCGAAGGCGAAGGCAGUUCUAACUUCCACCGAAAAGAGGAUGGCUGAGAAGUAUGGAUGGUGAAAGCGUCUAGCUAGACUAUAAUGGAAGCAAAAGAUAGAGCACUCACUUUACUUACCCAUGAUGUUGGGUUUGCUUCCUCCUCAGAAAAAGCCCUGCAACUAGACUAUUUAGCUAUGCAACUAGAGUACAUCAAUAUCGUAGUGCUCAUCAUGCGGAUAAUACUUCGGUGGUCAAUGACAUGAGUGAACUUCUAAUGCUCGCUCUGGGAGUUGGAGAAAGACGAGCUGACGAGUCGCUGCGUGCGCUCAUUGCCAGCGCAUAAAGACAUGCAGACAUUGGACAAGGAGUCAAUAACUGAAGUUAUGAUCAUAAGGCAUUUUUUUCUGAAAUCUCCAAAUCCAAAUCCAAAUUAUGAUCACUGUGUAAGGAUGAUAUUAAGGAAUCAAUGCUUACCUGAAGUUAAUUAUGAUCACUGGGCUACCUGUCUCUGUCCGACGGUUUUUUAGCUGUGAUAAGUGAACAGACAGUUUUAUUAUAAUUUUGAUAUGUUUAUUCGUCCCAUGUGAUUAUAAGUGAACAGGAGACAGUUUUCUCACCAUAAAUGUUAUUAGCCUUAUAGCACAUGCGGGUACGAGACGUAGUAGCUUCGGUUUCUAAUCUGCACAUGGACAUGAUGCCGAAACCGAAGCUGUUACAGCCCGUCUUUUGCGAGGUCCUCAAGGAAUGCAUGAUAAGAUUCCGCGAACCUGGCGUGCCUACGCCUAACAGUGGAGGACGUAUUCUUUUUUAGAAUAAAGCGUAUUUCUUUUUAGAAUAACGCACUUGGUAUUUGUUUUAUUUAGAAUUGCACACAAGCACUUGUUGAACUUGUUGAGCACCGCUUUUUGAGCUUGUAUUAAGCACUUGUUGAUCGGGCAAAAGAAUUAGUAGCUCACACACUUGGAUCUUGCAUCAUAUACUUCGUUUUACUUGCAUCGCCCACAUCAACAUAGGUUCUGGAACCGGGUUGAAUUCCAGUACUAGCCACGGAUUAGGCGGUUUGAAGUCCUCUUCUGGGCAGCAGCGCUUGGGCGGGUCCAGCAGCGACAGCGGUAGUGGCCCUCGAUCCAGCGAACAAUCGGAAUUCAUUAUGACUCCAAUAUAACGAGGAGAUGUACUCUUGCACUUUCAGAUCUCGUCUCUACGGUCAUCAGCAAAGCGUAGAGGGUGGACACUACUGGAUCAGGCAUCCAUGAUGACCCUUUCUAAUUUUGAAAGCGUGAGAGAGGGACAGCGGUUUCUGGUGGCGUUCAGUCUGGUGCGCGAGCAGGUAAACAAGGGAGAUAUUAUGCUCAUCUAGUGCGGAUGGGCAAGGCAGGCAUUUUUGCGCUGAUCUAGUGAGCACUGACAUCGUGGGAGCUGUUGUUAUGCUGCCGGUCUAGGAUGGUCUAGUACAAUUUAUUACACACAUCAUCAGUUAUAUACUACGAGGGAUGAGCAUUAGAUGAUCAGUUGUAAGUAUGCUGACAGAAAUGUUUUGCGCAUCGCAUACAGACUCUUCUCAAAGAACAGCUUCUAUCGCUUCUGAUCGACGCCGAGAAAAUGUGGCUUCUAAUCGCAGAAGUCCAAAUGAUUUUGGCAAAAAUUUCACCCUGAGAUUUUUCUGCUGUGUAAAUCACAAGCUAUGGUACCUUGCGUCAGAUAAUUGACGCCCAAGUGUGUUGAUGGAAGGAAGCAGUUGAGUCAAGAUCGUGUUCCGAUUGUGUUGAUGGAAGGAAGCAGUUGAGUCUAGGAUUGUGUUCCCUUCUUCUUUUGUUGACUAUAUUCACUUUCUAUUGUCUCGUAGUUGCAUUCCACGG